AUGACUCUACAUUACUGGAUCAUCUCCUUGAUCUUAGCUCAUAGUGUAAACUAUAAAGCAUUGAACUCUUACUUUCUUAGUGUGGAUUGGCUCACCUUGUUUGACAACUUCACAUCAGCUAGUGAUGUCUACAAAAGAUUUUGUGAGCAAUUAUACAUGGCCUUCUCUCCUUUUUUCAAGUUCAAAACUCCUCAAACGAUACGCACGGCAUAUCCUUACAUAAAGAACGAAAGAUUAUUUCUAUCUCUUAACCGUCCAUUGGAAAAUAACCUCUACAGAAAGGUGUGUCGGGACCUUGACGGCCAUGUAAAGCUUCUUGCCAAUCGUGAACAUCGUCUUACAAGAGGGUCAAAUUUGAAAACGGCUUUUCCACUAUAUUAG